AUGCCCCCUCGCAAAGCCCCCGCGGCGGCGAAGAGAAAGCCCGUCGACGACGCGACGCUGUGGGUCGUCGAGCACGCCGCGGCGGUGGGAAUCGACAACGACGUGCUGCUAGAUCUCCUCGACGCCGCGAAGGGCGCGACGCGGAGCGGGGAGAUGCCCGCGCGAAUCGCGCAGCGUCUGUCGCUUCAGAUGCUCUCGGACGCGGUCGAGAAGAAAGAGCCCGUGAGCGCGAAGACGUGCAAGCUCCUCGCGAAGCUGGCGCCGCUCGAAUCGCUGACGGACGAUUCCGAGGAAUUGGAGCCCAGAGUCCGCAUGUGCGCCGAGGCGGCGUGCCUCGCGAGAUCGAAAGGCUGGCCCGCGUUCAAGCUCGCGAUCGACGACAUGUUUCCCCCGCGCGUGAAUCUCGCGAAGCUCGCCAAGGCGGCGCGCGACGACCUCCUGAGCGCGCACAAGAGGUGUAAAUCUCCCGGCGCGAGCGAAAAGCCGUUCAACGCCGCGCGCAAGAAACACGGCGCGCACAAAGCCGACUCCGCCGCGGCGCGCAAAGACCUCGCGUCCGUCGUGAGCGCGCACGCCGCGACGCUCGGGUCGACGUCGCUUCAGCGUCUCAUCGAGGACAUCACCGCGGGGGCGUACAUUCCUCCGCCCGGCGUGCCCAAGGCGACGCUCGCCGGCGUCAGGGUGGGUUCCCCGGGGACGAGGCGCGCGGCGGCGGCGGCGGACGACGACGGCGGCGGCGGCGCGACGGGCGGCGAGCGCCGGAAGUCGAUGCUUCGCACGCCGACGAAGAAGACCAAGAAUAAGCGCGCGCGAGAGGAAGAGGAAGCGGUCGAGAUCGAGAAGGCUGACGACGACGCGGGGGAUGAGGACGACGUCUACGCGCCGCCCGCGGACGACGCCGGCGACCCGUGGAACCGCCUCGCGAUGGCCGCGGUGUCGCCGUCGCCGUCGCAGAAGAAGAAGCAGAAGGAGGCGUUGGCGAAGGUUGUCGCGGCGUCCCCCGCGGCGAAACGCGCGAAGAUUGGGGCUGGCGAGCCGAAGCCGAGCACGCCGGUCGGAAGAGUCGUGAACGCGCUCGCGCCAGGGCUGUGGCGUCGACGCGCGUUGGGGCUGGCGAAAGAGCCGGAGCACAAGCGGUUCAACUCGGACGGCGAAGAAGAAGAAGAAGACGACGACGACGACGACGCGUUCGGGAUCAUGCCCACGCAGGCGGCGCCGACGGAGGAGGACCUCGAGGCGGAGGCGAAGUCCAAGUCGGCCAAGCAACCCGGGUUCUUGAGCCGGGUGUUCGGCGGACGCAAGAAGGACGCCGACGCCGCGGGGACGCUGGCCGAGGACGCGGACUACGCACCCCCCGGCGGCGGCGGCGGUUCAUCUUCCGACGACGACGAUGACGACGACGACGAAUCCUUGAAGAAGCGGCUGUUGGCGAGCCCCGGCGGCGGGUUCUACGGCGGCACCCCGCGGAAAAGCCGCGGCGGCCCGCCCCUGAUUCCGAAACCGCUCGGCGUCGCGAACCGACACUCCAACGCGCGCGGGGGCACGAUCAAGGCGGCGAGAUCGGCGGGCAACACGCCGGGCGGGUCGACGCCCGGCGGCGCCGGCGGCGGCGCGGGGAUCGCGCCGCAAAAGAAGGAGAGGACGCCGUGGGCGGAGGAGGACGUGGACUUUCUCCUCGAGGGGUACGAAAAGUUUGGCCCGGACGGAGAAGACUCGAAGACGAUGUGGGCGGACAUCCUCAUCGCGGGCAUGAAACAAAACCUGUUCAAGGACCGCACGUCCAUGGACUUGAAGGAUAAGUACCGGAACAUAAAAAUCAAGAGAGCGAGAGAGGCGGCGAACGCGCUCGAGGAGGAGGAGGAGGGCGGCGGCGGUCUGUGGACGCUCAUCGCCGGGAAGAAGAGACGCCGACGGAGCAUGAACAAGAUAAAGAACGCGAUCACGGGCGAAUUGGAGAGGCGGCCGGGGAAGGCGAACCGGCACUCGAACUUCGCGCACACCUCCGGGGUCACGCAGGAGGGCGUGCGGAAGAUGCGGCAGCGGUGGACCGCGGAGGAGGAGGACUGCCUGCGGAAGGGCAUGGCGGAGUUUAACCCGCCGGGGAAGGAGGGCCCCACGGAUUGGAUCUCCAUCCUGGACAAGUACGACACGGUGAUGAUCGAUCGCACGUCCAUGGACUUGAAGGACAAGUGGAGGAACAUGAAGAAGAAGAUGGACAAGGAGCGCGCGGAUCGCAUCGCCGCCGCGCUCGCGGACGCGGGCGAAGAAGCGUCCUCGUGAAGCGACUGAAGCGGCGCGCGGUAGUACCUGUAUUCGUUUGGUUUCGUUGUAUGAUCUUAUAGUCUAGUCGUCGACGACGCGAUGAUUGUGAAAUACCCACGGAAGUACUGUACGUC